UGCACCUGCAAUGAACAUUUCAGACCCCUCCAUGAUUUCUAAUUGGGAGAACUUUCAAUAUAGCAGGAUGUUCAAAUACUUAUUUCCGUCACUGGGUGACCGCUCCCUUUGACCAGUGCGAGCAACAUCAGACGCGUGCACUGUUGUCAGAUUUUUCACAAUGAAGGACAGACUGGCUCAGCUCCAAGAGACUAGUGAUGUUGGAGGGGAUGAUAUUGAGGUUCCAGUGGAGAAUGAGGUUUUUAUGGAAGAUUUUUUUGCUCAGACCGAGGAUAUCCGCUCCAGUAUUGAAAAGAUUGAUGAGAGUGUAACAGAAAUUAAAAAACUGUACUCCACCAUCUUGUCCGCCCCCACAUCUGACCAAAAAACACAAGAUGAUCUUGAAGCAGUCACCAAUGCGAUUAAGAAAUCUGCCAACAAUGCAAGAAACAAACUCAAGAGCAUCGAAAACCAACUUGAGACAAACAAAGAUGAGAGGGCCUCUGCUGACCUCAGGAUAAGAAAAUCACAGCAUGCUAUCCUGGCGAAGAAAUUUGUAGAGGUAAUGGCAAAAUACAAUGAAGCACAAGUUGACUUCAGAGACAAGAGUAAAGGACGGAUUGCCCGACAGCUCGAGAUCACCGGCAAAGUGACAACUGAUGAGGAACUGGAAGAGAUGCUAGAGGGAGGCAACUCUGCUGUCUUCACUGCUGGGAUUAUGGAUUCAAAGUUAAACCAGCAGGCCGUGAACGAGAUUGAGGCUCGUCACAAAGACAUCAUUAGGUUGGAGAGUAGCAUCAAGGAGCUCCAUGACAUGUUUGUUGAUAUCGCUAUGCUAGUUGAGAACCAGGGUGGCAUGAUUGACAGAAUUGAAAGUAACAUGGACCAAUCGGUGGGGUUUGUAGAAAGAGCUGUGGCUGACACCAAGAAAGCUGCCAAGUUUCAACAGGAAGCACGCAGGAAACAAAUGAUGAUCUUCUGUUGCUGUGUAUUAUUGGCUGUCGUCCUGGGUUCAUUUGUCUACAGUUUUAUAAAAUAGCCUUCUUUGACUUGCCCAGUCCAAACCAAAGGUGAGCAACAUAAAAUUGUACCGUCCCCUACAGAAAAACAACAACACUGGACCCAGGAAACCCUUUGGACAUCUCAAGUGAGGAUAAGACUGCACAUGUUGUUUUUUAACCAUUUUGUAUCAAAGAGUAUGUGUUACAUUUAUGAAGUCAAGGACCUGGUCCAGUGAACAAAAACAUAUAUUUCUGCAUGUAACAAAAACAUUUAGAUGCAAGUUGAGUUCCUUACUUUUGAAAUAAAAAAAAUCUUGUCUUUUUUGAGUCCUUAUUGUAUUCAUGAAUUUAAAGUCAAACCUAAAUUAUCCACCCGUUGUGGACUGUCAACUGGCAAAAUACU